AUGCGAGAUAUUCGGUACAAAUGGAACGCGGGCCACAAAUCGGUUGGCAUUGCCAAUGAAGUGCAGUUGCCACAAUUCAGAGUCCUCGGGCACAGACAGAGGGCACGAGAAAUAAACCUGUCCACAGGUACUAUCUCAUCUCAAACCGAGUCACGGGAUGAGGUAAGUGUCGCUCACCCCGUGACCGCACGAGAGCGCGCAUGCCAACCCUACCUGUCACCUCCUUUCCUGUGUGAGUGA